UUCGUGAUGCAGAUGUGGGGACAAUUUGAAAGUAUAUAUAAGUAACGUCACAUGGUUUCAGCGUCAUUGUUAGUUACAAAACGAGAUGUUAAUGAAAGCGGUAUUAGUUGCUUGUGCUCUUGUUUGCGUAGUAUACUCAAGGCCUCAGUCUAGAUAUGAUCCUAAACAGUCACGUAUCCUGAGAUACGAUUAUGACAACAAUGGUUUUGGCAGAUAUUCAUUCAACGUUGAUACAAGCGACGGUUUCCAUCACGAUCAAAAAGGUGAAGAAAGAGAUGUAGGAACUGAAAAUGAGCAUCCUUCAGUGUACGGUCAUUAUUCUUACGUUGGAGCAGAUGGAGUUACCUAUUAUGUUGAAUACCUCGCCGACAAAAAUGGAUUUCAACCUGCUGGAGAACAUUUACCAAAAUCCGCUGGAGUUUCCAGAGUAGGCCAACUUGGAAUACCUUCUGCAGCAAUAGCUUCUUUAGCUGGAGGUGGCUUGGGAUAAAAUAAUUGAACUGUGCGAGUUGACUUGGAAAUCUUGAUAAUAAAAGAAUUACUAGUUU